GCAGCAGCAGCAGUAGCGUGUCCCCGCCCCUCUCCCGGGCGCCGCCGCUGGGUGCAGUGCAGCCGCCUGUCUCCGGCUGGCUCGGUGCUCCGGGGUGUCAGGCUUGCUGCUCCGGGAGUGCGGAGUGUGCGAGACAGGGGAGCAGCCGGGCGCGGGUUUCCCAUGAGGCGGAAGGAGAAGCGGCUGCUGCAGGCGGUGGGGCUGGGGCUGGCCGCCCUGCUCUUCCUGCCCAACGUGGGUCUGUGGUCUCUGUACCGGGAGCGGCAGCUGGAGAGCGCAGCCGGGGACAGCAACGGGGCUCCGGGGGAAGGGCAGUUUGCACUGAUAAGACAAAAGGAUGACUAUGCCAAAGACAAAGGCUUGGGGAAGAAAGACUGGCAUGACUAUGAGAGAAUGAGACUAGACCACGAUCAAACAGGCAAUGGAGAGCAGGGGAAACCGUUCCCGAUGACGGAUGCAGAUCGAGUGGAGCAGGCAUAUCGCGAGAAUGGAUUCAAUAUAUACGUCAGUGACAAAAUCUCACUCAACAGAUCUAUUCCAGAUAUCCGGCAUCCAAACUGCAAGAGCAAGCUGUAUUCACCCAAGCUGCCAAACACCAGCGUGAUCAUCCCCUUCCACAACGAGGGCUGGUCUUCCCUCCUGCGCACCGUGCACAGCGUCCUCAACCGCUCCCCCCCGGAGCUGAUCGCCGAGAUUGUGCUGGUGGAUGACUUCAGCGACAAAGAGCACCUGAAGAAGCGUCUAGAAGAUUACAUGGUGAAUUUCCCAAAGGUGAGAAUAGUCCGCACCAAGAAGAGAGAAGGCCUCAUUCGCACUCGCAUGCUGGGGGCCUCGGCGGCCAUUGGAGAAGUCAUCACUUUCCUAGAUUCCCACUGCGAAGCCAAUGUGAACUGGCUGCCACCACUGCUCGACCGCAUAGUGCAGAACCGCAAGACAAUUGUGUGCCCAAUGAUCGAUGUCAUUGACCAUGACAACUUCGGGUAUGAAACGCAAGCUGGCGAUGCCAUGCGAGGGGCCUUUGACUGGGAGAUGUUUUACAAGCGCAUUCCCAUCCCUUCCGAGUUACAAAUCUCUGAUCCCAGUGAGCCUUUCGAGUCUCCGGUUAUGGCUGGCGGAUUAUUUGCUGUAGACAGAAAAUGGUUCUGGGAGCUCGGAGGAUACGACCCGGGGCUGGAGAUCUGGGGAGGAGAGCAGUAUGAAAUAUCUUUCAAGGUAUGGAUGUGUGGAGGGAGAAUGGAAGAUACUCCAUGCUCCCGGGUAGGACAUAUAUACCGGAAAUAUGUGCCGUACAAGGUCCCCGCUGGUGUGAGCUUAGCGCGGAACUUGAAGCGCGUUGCUGAAGUUUGGAUGGAUGAAUAUGCAGAGUAUAUCUACCAGCGGCGGCCUGAUUACCGGCAUCUCUCACCUGGUGAUGUGGCAUCUCAGAAGGAGCUUCGUGCCAAGUUGAACUGUCAGAACUUCAAGUGGUUCAUGACCAAGGUAGCUUGGGAUUUGCCCAAACACUACCCUCCGGUGGAACCUCCUGCAGCUGCUUGGGGAGAGAUUCGGAACAAGAAGACCGGACUCUGUGUAGAUACAAAGCACGGGUCCAUGGGCUCUGAGCUACGCCUGGAAAUCUGCACCAAAGGACGUAAAGCGGACGCCUGGAGUAGUGUGCAGGUGUUCACACUGGGCUGGAGGGAAGACAUCCGCCCGGGAGACCCCCAACACACCAAGAAGUUUUGCUUUGAUGCCAUAUCUCACACCAGCCCUAUUACAUUCUUUGAUUGCCAUGGGAUGAAGGGAAACCAGCUAUGGAAAUACAGAAAGGACAAGACUAUUUACCACCCAAUCAGCAACAGCUGCAUGGACUGCAACGAGUCUGACCGCAGAUUAUUCAUGAAUAUCUGCAACCCUGCCUCAUCCACGCAGCAAUGGACUUUUGAAAAUACCAACUCCACAGUCUUAGAAGUUUUCAACAGGAACCGGGGCUUAUAGCAAUGGGAGGGGAUGAAAUAAAUAUACAUAUAUAAAUAGGAAUAUAUAUAUAUUUUAAAUCUAUAUUUUUUACCGGUGGGUGGGAUAUUGGUUUCCUUCUGGCAAGAAAAUGUAUUUGGUGUAUAGGGUUUUAAAUAAAAAAAGGGGAAAUUUUGAAUGUGUAAACGUAGGCUGAGUUAUUUUAAUGAUGCUGUAACAGAACAUCCAUGCUUUUGGCGCUGGUAUUUUUGACAGAUGUUCUAAUUAUACUCAAAGAAUGUUUGUUAUGCAAAUUGCACAAAUAGAGACGGGGGCUGUGAUGAUGUGACAGCUGAGAUUUGGUCUAUUUUAAUGUUGUUUGUUAUCGCAAGCUUGGGCAAUCUGUGGCUUCUCCAGCUAGCGUGGAGCUUGGUGUCCCAGCGGGUGAGCUGGGAGUUAUAGUUGAACAGAGGCUAAAAAGUCACAGGCUUGUCGAAGCCUACAGUAUGUUGCUGUGUGUUAUGCAGGGGCGAUGCCCAUACUGCAGAACUCCUUGGCAGGUAGACCUUAAUCGACGCACAGCGAUUCGGGCUGCCGAUGUGCUCAUUUUCAUCAAGUUUGCCCAAAAGCAUUAACUCUGUGGGCCCGAAAUGACUAGUAAUCCUUGGAUGAUAUUAAAAUAAAUAAUAAUUGGGAGACUGAUUGUUUCCGACUAAUCAGUGACUUUUCCUAAUUCCCUUAGUGGCAGUAGUCAUUAUUGAAUUAAUUCUAUCUGCGGAACUUCUAUAAGGCUUUGUGUUUUGUUUUGUUUUGUCUUUCAAUAGUUUUGCCUAUGAUGUUUAAUUUUAGGGGUGUGUUUUUUAAUUAUUAUUUUUUUUAUAAUUCACUUUUAUUUUUGAAGGAUGACCCUUCAUUUAAGGUAAAUGAGGCUCAGAGACUGAAAAAUACAGACAUUGUGGGGUUUAUGUAAUAGCCUUUGAGGUUCUAGCAAGACUGCCCAUGUAUUUAAAGCAGCAAUUAUUUAAAAGGCAACACCAACCUGGUUUGCCUUUAAAGUAUUGCCGCUUUAAAAAUACGGGCAGUCUCGCCCUGCAACUCUCAGGCUUUUACAUAAGCCCCUACAGUAUAUGAUAGAAACUUGUUACUGCUGCCAGUGUUAUCGCGGACCUGUCACCAACAUAGAGUGGACUGUGCAUGACAAUCCAAAACAUAGUUCAGCACAGAAUCUAUCAAUUUAAUGACUUUAUUACAGCAUCAUUGAAAUAACCAGCCUGCAACCCUAAGAGAACAGCAAAUGCCUAAACUUGAACUAUAUUCUAGUGCCUUGCUGGACAGGAGAACAUGGGAGUUGGGUGGAACAAAGAAAUGGUGCAAUUUGGUUUCUCUCCUUUUACCUCUCUGGGGUGAGCUAUCAAAGCGUCUUAAGAGGACAAGCGGUAGUGUUGCCAAUAGCAACCACUGAGAUUCUAGCUAUAAUUGAUCUAGUAUAUCGUAUAAACUGAUAGCUGGAAUGUGAUUGGUUGCUAUGCACAACACCUCCACUGUAGAAGGUUUGAUAGCUCUCUCCCUAUAUCCAGGACUCUAUAGUAUGAGUGAGGUUUGCUGACCUGUGAGUAAGUGUGAAGUUGCAUAUACAUGUCCUAGCUGGGUAUUACAGCCAAUGUAAAAGUUGUUAAAAAGAGGAGCCCCCUGGGAAACCCUGCCUAAAAAAAAAAAAGGAGUGAUGGUUUCGUGGACAGGUGCCACCAUCUUUGGCUUAACGAGCCAUAUAACCUCCUCUGUUCCCAAAUAUAGCCAUUCCGUCCAAGUUUCCUACACAUGGACCAGGAUGUAAUGGAGUUCAAGUUCAGCGGCCGUGCGGGAUGCUGGACGAACUGGGAUUAUUAUAAUUAUUAUUAUAUUAUUUUUUUUAAAGUGGCAAUCAUUUACAAGGCUAAACCAUGCCCCUUUAAAAAAAAAACGUCUGCGUUCACCCGGCAUCUCGCACUUCCGCUCUAUUCUUACUUCAUUACAUCCCGGUCGUGGAGUCUGUGUAACAUGCAAUACAAUUAUAAGAUGAAGUACUAAAUACAUCUAGGUACGUGCAAAAGGAAAUAUAUUGACGUUACAUUGGAUUCAUCUCGUCUUGUAUCUGUUGUCUUGAACAUUCUUCCAUCUCCCAUUAGUGAAAAUAGUGAGUAAUAGGUCACUGGCACUAAUGUUGCGUCACUCCUUGCAGCUGGUCACAAAUGACCGGCAUACUGUCAACACUUCUGAAUUCAUUGUCCAUCAGACCGUUGCUAAAACUGCUUUCCAUAGUGAUCAGUGAAUACGGUGCAUUUCAGUGCAUCAUAGGUAGAUGGUGAAGCACCAAUGGAGUAUGUAUCCAUAGUAUAGCGAACACCAGUACAUGACUGCAGGGUCAGGCCUCUAUGCACAAGUGGCCUGAUUCAGGACCUGACAUACCUGCUUCCCAUGCAGCAAAGUGCCCAUAUUCGGUACUUUGUAACUGUGCAGGAUCCAUACUGCCCGUGUGCAGUACAGAUCCUAUGUCGUCGGAAGCAGAAAGUCAAGUGAUUGACAGUCUGCAGCCAGUUGGGGGCAUCAACAGCCUCAGUUUCCCAAAACGAGUGGCGAGGCCUGGAUCUUUAAAGUCACUGAACAUUGAGAAGAUUUUUUAGUAAAAAAAAAAAAAGUCUAGAACUGCAAAUCACACACUUCAUAGACCAAUCGAUAUAUUUGUACAGUUUUGGCUCCCAGUAUUAAAGCAAGCAUACAACUUGCACACUAAAGCCAUUCGCAACCAUCAUUGGUGAAAAGUACAGCAAGAAAUGGGAUGUGGAGUAAAAGAACGAUGGUAUAUAGACAGUCAGAUAGACAACUGGGUCAAAAGAUUGACAGUUAAAUUGUCAACAUGCAAAUGUUUGACACGCUCUUUUUUGUUAUUCUAACCCUAACCCUGCCCUUGGUGCCUAACCCUAACUGUCCCCUUCCGAAGCCUAACUGUAACCCCCCGCCAAGUGCCUACCCGUCCCCUCCGGCAGCCUACCCUCUCCCAAGUGCCUAACCCCAAAAUUCUUGAAAAACUAUGUGUCAUCCUCGCUCUUUUGACCCUGUAGACCAUCUGGUGUCAACCUAUUGACUAUAUAUUUACUAUUUGGCUACCCAUGAAAUAUGCAGUUCUGUGGGCUGUCUGGCUUAUACGCCGUCCAUUACUGUUUUACAUAUUGGUACUGUGCUUUUGUAUAAUGUUGCUGUAUGUUUACCUAUUGCUGAAAUUUCUGUGUAGCAUAUGCUUAGUUUGUGUGGUUGGGAUGCUGUGUUGUCAUGUAAUGGACUUACUCUACCUCUGUCUCCAAAUCACAGCAGCCAUAUGACAUAAUGUACAUUAUCUGGUAUAGGAGCGUCAUACAGUCACAUUACAGGUUGUUAUUUUGUCAUUUUACUUAUGUUUAUCUACUUCUGUAAGACGCUCCAAGAGAGCUCUGCAGGACACAUUACACCCCUGUAGAGAAGGGGAUCUGUGCAGCUAUACUUGGGUAAUAUUAUGUACUAGUUACCAGCCCAUCAAAAUAAUGGAACAAUAUAUCAGUAAUGUCAACGCCAGUGGCUGUGCGCAUCCAAACGGAGCAACACUUGAACUGCUCUGUCAGGCGCCAUCUAGUGGCCGCCAGCGUGCAAAACACUUGAAUUCCCCCCGUAGAGGUGAGGAGCAGCUUUCGCCUUUUAUUAUAUAGGAUGGUGUCUUUACAGCUACAUAUGAGAAAUAAGUCAUGUGCAGGAUAUUACGUCACAACUGGUAAGCAAACAGGCAUCUCAUUCAUGAAACAUUCUGUAAAUACAUUGCAUUGGGUAGCUCCAAUUAAAGAAAAGUCCAAUCGUGUUUGCAAAUGAACUGUUUCGCAUAGGGUUAUUUGUCACAUACUCUUUUAUAAGUUAUUGAUUGUAUUUUAGAAGUCAGAUCAGAAAUGGGAUCUUGUGAAAUUAUCUGGCUGUCCCCUAGAACAAAUAAAGGCAGAUGAGCUGUGACAGUGUGAGUGGACUGGUGUUAGGACCACGGUAAUUGAAAGCUACUUUGUUGCAAAAUGUUUCAAGUACAUAGAGCAAAAAAUGUUACCUAGCCCGUUCAAGUAUAAAGAUAUUAACCCCAUCCCGCUCCAAGUUCUAAGUAAUUAGCGAAGCUGAGGACAGUCUGGAAUGAAAUUUAAUAUACUGUAAUUUAAUUUGACUUUACCAAGUAUGUGUAAAUAUUAUAGAAUAAUCAGGAUGCUGAUUACCUUCUCCACAUUCCUUGCCUAUGAUUUAUAUAGCAUAAGGGUAGUGACUCUGCUUUCACCCUCUUCCAUCUCUGUAGCAUUAUAUAUACUAGAGAAGCUGUCACUACUUUUGUUCUUUCUCCUGAGCCGCCAAUUCCUAAACUGAGGAGUGCCAUUGUGCUGGGUUACAAGUUAUUUUUGCCUGUAGCCUCUAAACCUUUUUAAAGAAGUAUUUCUUUUCUCUGCACAAAAAGAUGAUUUUGGUUUUAUGUGAUAAAUCUUAGAUGUGGAGAAGGCGCCGUGUAAGAUGUGUUCCUUCUGUAUUCUUCAGCAUAAAGUAAGGGUACCCUCUAUAGAGAUGCCCACAGUUUGUUUCUGGUACCAUUCAGAUCACGGUGACUUAUUAGUGACAGCAGCUGAAAUGGAUCUGAUCAGACAUUCAUGAUCCCUAUGGGAAUCGAUCUGUUAGUAUUAGUAUACACGCCACCAUUUGUUUCAUGGGCUGGCUGGACCGCAGUGCUGCUUGUAGUAUUUAUGAUCAAUCCAGUGUGUACUGACCAUGCAAUUCCCAAAGAGAUGAGUGAUCUAUUGACGCUGUGUGCACUGUGAGCCGAGGAUUGCACAUAGUUGGAGUCACAGUAGUCAGGUUUAUAGAGGUUAUGCCUUUCUCCCAAUAAAAUCAUGUAGGAAAAGGUAGUUGAUUGUAAGCGAUAUUAGUGAUCUGUCCGGCACUCAGCUACAUAUGGUAGGAUACAGCAGUCACAAUUUGUAGGACUGCGGAGUUGGGUGAUGUACAAAGCUUUGAAAAGCAAUGGCCCCAGUAGCUAACACCAUCCGCUGCACAGUUUUGACGGAGAGAGAUCUUGUGAUCCCUCUUGGGCAGCUGUAAUAUGUGUUCGUGCCCAGUACAACCUUCUCUGUUACUGCAGUGAUAAAGGAGCUUGUACUGGGGGAAAGUCAGUGCUGGAACAGCCUCCUCCCAGCAGCACUGUCCUGGCAUGACUUAAAUGAUAAAUCAGCACAUUAAUUGCUGCAAUAACAGUGAUGACAUGUUAAUUAACAUGUCAAAAGUGUGGUCAUCAGCCUCAAAAGAGGCAUAUUGCUGUUGUUUUUGGCUUAGUACUGUAAACCACCAUAAAUAAUUUUCAGGGAUUACUGAUUAGAUGAGUCUGUACUGUGUAGAUGAGUCUUUGUGCAUUACAUUUAUUGCUCAUGACUGUAAAGUGACCAUCCGAUUCAUUUAUUCAUGGUGAACAUCUGCAAAGUUACACACUACUGUCACCAUGGAAAACUUUUUACUGUCUUUUUUUAGUUGUGCAGAAUCUGUACUUUAAAUUGUCAUAUUAUUUGUUUAAUUGUGUAACUACAAUCAGACUGACCAGAAUCACCUGUACAGUAUUAAUGUUGCAGUGAUCUGACAUUCGCUCUUCCUCUUUGCCUCUGGAAGAUAAAUUAAUGAGUAUUUGUGUGUUGAAAAAAAAUAAUUGCGCAAACAGUUUAGAAGUCUCUGAAUACAACUAACAGUUGUGUAUCUGGGCCUGACACCUCUUGGGAAGCUUCAGCUGUGGGUGAGUCACAGACAUCCUAAGUCCCUUUGGAAAUGGGAAAGUUAUGUUUACCAUAGCUGGAUACACACCUGACCGUCACGCGCCGACUGAGCAGCCGAUCGGCCACUCGGGGGGUACACACCCAACAACAGGCUCAUGAUAUAGCAGCCGUUUGCUCGAAUGGCCGAUAUAUCACCUGCUGUGUGUACCCAGCUUUACUCUCAUAAGUCUAAUUCGGUGAGGGGUAGGGGGGUGGUAAUUGCAGCACUUUAACCUUUAGUGGUGGGAAUAAUCCUUGAUGACUUUUAUGACAUAAUGCAUUGCUAGGUUUUUAAAGGCUGAAAAUAUACUUAUUUUAUAAUGUAUUUAAAUGAAAUAAAUUUUACAAGAUUUCUUUCUUAA